GAAUUUGCAAGGCUGCGCAUCAGCAACAUUAACACACCACAUUCUGUCACGUUGUUCUUGCACUUUUAUUUGUCCUCACAUAGUUCCUGCAGCUAUCUCACUUGCUGUCCAAACGGGGACAAAGGGUCGCAGGGGCCACAGGAGCAGGCCCAAAGAAUCUGAAUUCCAGGACGUCUGGAAUUCAAAUUUCCUUGCAUAGCGGAAAUGACCCGAGCCAACAAGAGCAGCGAGGCGACUGAGGACACAGGAAGAAUCUUGAAGCAGGUCAAAGCGCCAAGCGACAUGUGAACUUGCAAACUGGGUGCAGCCCGACACAUAAAAGCACCUUCAUCGCUUAUCAGCAAGGCCAAGCCCAUGUCCAGUUGCUGUGUGUUGUGGGAGGAUUCAUGGAAGAAAAAUGCCUUAGAGCUGCUUCAAGUCUAAAUUUAUUUGUCCGCCAGAGAUAGUGUACAGAUCACUCCCUCUCAGCCUUUAACAGCCACGGCUGCGCGUGGCAAGUUGUUUCCUGCCCGCGGCGGCGUGGUGUAACUAUGACAACAUCAGCCUGAUCACACCCCUGAAGUGGGAGCCCACCAAACGUGGCGGGAGCGUCAGUCACAACAGAUCAACCUUCAGGGCUAAACGACAGAGAAAAAAAGUUCCUUCCGCCAUGUAGGAUGACACUCAAGGUCACGCGGCUUCCAGACGACAGCACCACCACCUGGCUGUCAGUUCACAUAGCGCCCUCCCGUGAAACCAACAUGGCAGCUCCGGUGCGGACAACAUUUCAGUUUUUGGACUUUUGCUAUAGAAGUGACAAAGUACAGGUAUUUGCAACACUCCCACAUUCGAUUUAGAUGCACAUAUCUUAACGAAGAAGAAGAUCUUAACGAACUUCUCGUUUUACUUGUAUUUCGUUGUCAUUACACAUGUCAUAAAUCCAUGAACACGAAAUGAAAUGCAAAUUACAUUAACAACCUAAAUUUGAUAUGAUAGCGUUUUCAUCUUUUUUCACCAAUCAAUCCACAGUAUUGUCUUCAUUUCAUAACACAAAUCUUGGUUGCACAGUUUAAAGCGUCUGUGUUUGUUGUAAGGGUUUAUCCAAUCAGAUUCGACUAUUUGUGUCUUACCGUGUCAAUAUAAUCUGCCCAGGGCCUUCACAACCAGUUGUGUUGGCCGAUGUUGCUUGAACUAUAUUAGCAAUGGGAGCCAACGUGCCAUGAUAUGAGCCGCUUAUCCUCACAAGGGUUGCGGCAGUACUGAAGCCUAUCCCAGCUAACUGGGGGCAGGAGGUGAGGUACUGAGCUGGUUGGCAGCCAAUCACUUGGCACAUAAAAACAAGCAAGCAUUUGUGUUCACAAUCACACCUACGGGUAGUUUAGAUUCCCGAAUGAAUAAUUUUCUUUAAUUGGCCUGGUAACGUCACUGUUUUCCUUCCUCUGAUUGGUUGGUCAGAGCGUGCCAAGUUUGACGAGCAAAACAACAGCGGUUGUCACUUGGAGCUGCAUUUUCCUAUUGUUGCAAAACCGUAUAGCAUAAUAUGCUUGUAGAAGAUGACUUCCGGCAUUUGCAUAAUUGUGAUAUGAAUGAAUAGUAGUGCAAAUAUGUCAGUGGAAAUUUACCCAGUUUUGCAAAUGAAGUCCAGGAUGCAGCACGUUGAGACGUUUCAGAUGGAGUGACCUGACGAUGAUACGCCUUGGUGAUCAAGCGCUGGAAAAAGUACUCACACUCACUACUUACCGUGGCAUUCCAAGUCUGGAAUGGAAGCAACAGAGCAAGAGGGCUCCUCAUCGUCCUCGUCAUCCUCCUCUUCUUCCGUGGCUGAGGUCGAUCACGCCGAAGACCCCCCAGCCUCCGUCAGGUCCAAAUGCGUUGGACUCCUGUCCUCCGCCCUCCGCCUUGGGGCGCUCGACACCACCAAAGCCACGGAGCUGGCCGCGCGGGUCGAGGGCCACGUCCGCCGCAUCCACGCAUCCGAUCUGGUUAAAUACAAAGCCUGCGUGAGGAGCAAAGUGGCCAACUUGAGGAAUCCAAAAAACGGCCACCUGCGUCGGGGCCUGGCGAGCGGCUCCCUGACUCCCGAGGCCUUCGCCCACAUGACGGCGGAGGAAAUGGCCUGCGCCGAGCUCCGGGAACUGAGGGAGGAGUACUCGUCUCGCAGUGUGACCGAGCGGCAGCUUCCUCGUGGCCCAGAGGGGACGGCGACCCGCCAGCUCCGCUGCCGGCGAUGCGGCGGCCAAGACUGCACGGUGACGCAGGUGAACAGAGGGGUGCUCUUCCUGCCGGCGUGGACGCGGCAGGGAGGCCCCGAUGACCCGGCCGUGACCUUUGUGACGUGCAGCCGCUGUGGCCAGCAGUGGUACCACAGUGGCUGGGUCUGCCUCUGAAUUUUUUUUUUUUUUCAGAUCCAGCUUCUCUUCGACAAGUGGUCCUAAACUCUAUUUAGGGCUGUGAGACCCACUGCAUUGUUUGCAAGUCAUUUGUGUUUGCGUGCAGACACAUACACGUAUAUGUGUGUGUGUGUGUGUGUGUAUAUAUAUAUAUAUAUAUAUAUAUAUAUAUAUAUAUAUAUAUAUAUAUAUAUAUAUAUGACCCCGAUGACGACUAGUCCCCGCCAGAUCGUUGAGCUUCAUGCCCCGUUCGAGUACUCCCGUAUCCCUGAUCGACAACCCGUGUGUACCGACCUCCGCCUGUUCUCCGACCGACCCCGUAAGCCUGACUCCUUUGACACUUCUGCCUGCUUUGAUCGUUCUCCCGUGUACCGACUCCUGCCUGGCCGCUCACCUACUCUCUUCGCCCGACGUCCCAACUACCGCUGCUGCACCUGACUGCCUGACCACGGAAUAAUAAACGUUUCUCCCCGAACUACCUUGCAUCUUCCGAGCCUUGCAUUUGGGUCCUACUCCUAUUCCGAUGGGUCGUGACGAAUAGAGGCAUUUAUGUGACAUGGAUUUUUGAUUGUGUGCAAACUCUAAACAUGGUGUCAACAUUUUGGUGACAAAUUAUUUGUGUUGUUGCAGACCACACUAAUUACAAAAAUCCAAGCAGAAUAUUAGUUUUUGUAAAUUUGCCACUGUUGAACAUUUGAAGUACAGGAAAUUUCAUAUAUGCCGCCAUCUUUUUUGUCGUUUGUUAUCCUCUGUGUUGAAAUUGCUUUUCUGCCAUCUUGUGGCUUUAAUAGGAUAAUUACAAAUCCUUUUUCACUACUCUUAUUUGAUAUCUAUUGCUGUAUAUAUAUAUAAAAAAAAAAAGUUUAUUUCGGCUUGUCCCUUUCCGGGUCGCCACAGCGUGUCAUCUCAGAUGAACGGGCAUAUAUGUUUGGCACAAUUUUUACGCCGGAUGCCCUUCCUGAUGCAACCCUACUCAUGAUUGAAUAAAUUGUACAUGAUUUCAGGAAGAUGAAUUAUUGUAUUAGAUAUAUAUAAAGAGACCUUAUCUAUGUAUGAUUUGGCUUAUUUGUCCAUUUUAGAACUCAAAUGUGGCCUUUAGCACAAAUGUUGGCGCAGCCCUCAAUGAAGCUGUCGUGCGCGGGAGGAUGAUGGCAUGCCACACAAAACCUCUUGCAAGACAACUUGAUCCAAAAUGAGAACGUUGCAACUGAGAAUGAAAAAAAUGAAUAAAUCAAAGCCGAGAUGCAUCAUGUGAUCAGGCAUGCGACGCCAACGAAAAUGAGCAUGCGAAUCUUUCAACGUGAAAGCCUGAGGUCCUUCUUGGCAACACACACACACACACACACACACACACACACACAAUCUAUGACUAGUAACUAAGAAGUCUGUCCUUUUGUAACCUUUUUUGUUAUCGUGCCAGCAUUACUAAGUAUCCUCAUAUUUGCUGAAAACUGCAAAAUAAAUGUUAUUACUUCUUCAUUAAUCUAA